UGCACCUGCACAGGAGUCCCUGGGGCUUGUGACGUAUUGAUUGCAUAUACAGAUGAUGCCACUGAAUGGUGUCAGUAUCUUCAGAAUCUCUUCAUCUCUUCUCGGCAAGUUCGAAAGCAGCGGAUUCUGAGCUACAAGGUGGAGAGUGGGACUGCCAUUCCCCAUGAGGAGCUGGACCUAUUCCGUAGUAGCCGAUGCAUCGUUGUGUUGCUCUCUGGUGAGCUAGUGCAAAACUUUUACAUCCCUGCUGCCCUUCAGAGCCUUCAAGAAGCUUUGCAUCCCCCACACAAAGUGGUCAAACUGUUUUGCGGUGUCACAGAUUGUGAUGACUAUCUGACAUUUUUCAAGGAAUGGUCUCAGUGGAAAGAGCUCACCUAUGAUGAUGAGCCUGAUGCUUACCUUGAAGCUAUCAAGAAAGCUAUUUCAGAAGAUUCUGGCUGUGAUUCUGUGACUGAUACAGAGGCAGAAGACGAGAGAGAACCAGUUUACUCCAGGAAAAUUGCAAUGAGUGAACAGCAUGGAACAUCUGAGGGCACCACAGAAAACCUGGUGGUGCUGCCUGAUCACAUACGUUGUGGGGUGCAGAUGACUGUUUAUAUAAUCAUGAAGUGCAAGAUGGAUGGUAAAGUGAAAACAGAAGCUGAAUUCACUCCAAGGAAUGCCCCAUCUGUGCGUGUGCCAGCCAGGAUGGAAAAUGAGUACACAGUUUCUGUGCAGGCACCAGAUUUAACAUCUGGACCAGUGUCUCUACGGAUAUAUUCAGGUGACUUGUUGGUAGGGGAAGCAAACAUCAAGUAUUACACCGACAUGGAAGAGGUCGGCAACCUGUUGGCUAAUGCAGCUAAUCCAGUGGAGUUCAUGUGUCAGGCCUUUAAAAUAGUACCAUACAACAUAGAAACUCUGGACAAACUGUUGACAGAAUCACUAAAGCAAAACAUUCCUGCAAGUGGCUUGCACCUGUUUGGAAUCAACCAGCUGGAGGAAGAAGAUAUGACAACAAACCAGAGAGAUGAAGAGCUGCCAACACUGCUUCACUUCGCUGCAAAAUAUGGGCUGAAGAACCUCACGGCUCUACUGCUCACAUGCCCAGGAGCCCUGCAGGCCUACAGUGUAGCCAACAAAUAUGGGUACUAUCCAAAUAAUAUCGCAGAAAAACAUGGCUUUAAGGACCUCCGACAGUUCAUUGAUGAAUAUGUGGAAACAGCAGAUAUGCUGAAGAGUCACAUUAAGGAGGAACUGAUGCAAGUUGAAGCAGAUGAGUCUGUUUAUGAGUCCAUGGCCCACCUCUCCACUGACCUGUUGAUGAAAUGUUCCCUAAAUCCUGGCUGUGAUGAUGAGCUGUAUGAAUCCAUGGCUAACUUAGUGUCUGGUGCCACAGAAGAUCUUUAUGUUGAGAUGCUCCAAUCAAAAUCAGACACCCCGAUCACUAGAGAUGAGAUUUCUAUGAGAACCAAAGACUCUAUGCUGCGCAAAUUUUUAGAAGGCAGUAGCGUAGAUAUGCCAGAUUCAGAAGAAGAUUCUUACCUGCAGUGCAGUGGGGAAGAUCUUUACUACACUAUAGCACAGGAUGACUUUCCUCCAGAGGUGGCUAACAGGCCCCCAGUUCCUGUUCCAAGGCCGGAUGCCAGCUCCCCACAACCAGACAAAGAGCUGUACAUUUCCAAAGUUUUUGCACAAAAAGCCCGAAGACCUGAGAAUCUUUAUAUCUCUUCAGAGAGGGUUAAGAAAGAACCAGCCGUCAGGCUAGUCAGGGACGCAUCUCAGUCAAGCAUCUAUGAUCCAUUUGCUGGGAUGAAAACCCCGGGUCAGCGGCAGUUAAUUACUUUACAGGAACAAGUCAAGACGGGAAUACUCAAUGUGGAUGAAGCUGUGCUUCAUUUCAAGGAGUGGCAACUGAACCAAAAAAAGAGAUCAGAAUCAUUCCGGUUCCAGCAGGAAAACCUGAAACGGCUACGAGACAGCAUCACCCGGAGGCAAAUAGAGAAGCAGAAAGCAGGAAGAAAUUCUGACUUGGAAAUCACUGAGCCUAUUCACCAUUUGUAUAAUUCUCCUGGGAAAGUAGAAUGCGGGAUUUAUGAAUAUACCCCCAGGAAAAGUGCUUUCCCACCAAAAAAGGAGCUAAAGCGAGGGGACUGGAAAACAGAGAGCACCUCAAGCACAACAAGCAGUGCAAGUAACCGAUCCAGUACUCGAAGCGUCAUGAGUGGCAGUAGUGGAAUGGAAGGUGACAGCGAGGACAAUGAAAUCCCAGAAUCCAAGAGAAGCCACAGUCCAGGAGCCCCACAGCUGGAGAGGUUACCUCUCACUCUGCCUGAAAGGCCUCCAAGAGUGCCUCCCCGAGGUGCAAGCAGGCCUGUAAGCAGUGAAAGCCUUCUUCCUCCACCUGUGCCCCCAAGAGGUCGCUGAAUCUCAAUGUAUUUUGGAAUCUGGGAUUUUCUAGAGCAUGUAUAAGUGUGUGGGGAGGGAGGGGGGUGAUAUUUUUGGGUCUUUUACAAUUAUUUAUAGGUGGAAGUAAGGUUAUUUUCUUCCCUCAAGUAUCUUUUUUUCACUGAGAUAUCUCUCAGCCUCUGGUGCCUUUUUUCUUGAAGGCUGUUUGUACUUCUGAAUUUUAAGGAAAAGCCAUCUGAAUUGACAAGGAGAAUUCUGAUGAGCUCUCUGACAGCUCUGAAUCAAGAUAAGGAGCUAAUCCUCCCCAGUCAAGAGCAUCCCAGCAAACAUCCCUUUGGUUAUUCUAAUAAGAAUUGUUUUAAAAAAAGGAUUUAAUGUUCUUUUGCAAAAAGUUCUUUGAGACUUUAUUUGAGGACUACUCAUUACAGGCUUCACAAAACGAGUAUACCAAUGAAUAUGCUAUAACUUGGACACUGGGUUCAUUUGCAUCAAAUCCCAGGUGGUUUAGGAUUUCUCUUCAAGAAGGAAUCGCUAGACUGGUUUUUGCGAAAGGACUCUGAAGACUACUUUAUGCAAGCAAAUGUUCUUGUGUACAUUAUUUUAAUCUAAUUGUCUCUUCCCCUUUGUCCCUGGAUGGGAUUUUUUGUUUGCAAGGUUCCGUGUAUGCUGCUUUUGGGAAUGCAAAACCCCCUGACAGUGACAGAUGGAUUUGCUCUUGGGCGCAAAGCAGCAGCUUAGGAGUCUUCUGGGGAUUUUGUUACUUUAAACAAGUGGUUCUCAACCUUUUUAGAUUCAAGACACCCUUUGUUAGACUCAAGGUACCCCUUUGAAAUUGCAAGCUCUUAGUUUUGACUUGUUUUUUGAUUACAAAAAAAUAAUAGAGCAAUUCUUCUGUAGCAAAGAUCUCUGAAAGACUACAAAUUGGAAUGCUUUUAAAACUAUGGAUUCCUAUAUGAAAUCUGUGGGCUUAUUUUAUGAAUCAUAUGUGCAU